UGCAGUCACUCACACAUGCUCAAUGUUUUAUUCUACAAGCUGUCACACUUCAAAGUUACCUUUUUGUGUGUGCAGGUGUCCUACAUCAUCAGCGUGGAUGGAAGCGAUCGUGUCGUCCAUAUGGAGAGAAACGAGCUGCUGCUGCCUGCAGACUUCACCGUGUUCUCCUACAGUCCCAACGGAUCCCUGGUCACAUCCACGCCACCUGUCCAGGACCACUGUCACUAUCGCGGCUUCGUCCAGGGCGUGGAGGGCUCAUCCGUCGCCAUGAGCAUCUGCAACGGCCUCAGAGGAGUGAUGCACCUCAGUGAUGGCAGCUAUGGGAUUGAGCCGCUAGACUCCUCCACCGACCAGCACCUGGUGUAUCGCCUGCAGGAUGUGACAUCACAGCCGCGAGGGUGCCAAACGCCGCACUACGAGCACGGCCCCAACUCUACAGAGCGUGCUCAGGCCAGCUGGGAGGAGAUCCCUCACGGGCAGCACAGACGGGUGAGGAGAGCCGUCCUCCACAAGACGCACUACGUGGAGCUGCUGCUGGUGGUCGACAACGAGAGGUUUAACUUCAUGAGCAGGAACGCGACGGCAGUGAGGGAGGAGAUGGUUCUGCUCGCCAACCUCGUGGACAGCAUCUACAUGCAGCUGAAUAUCCGGGUGGUUCUGGUUGGUUUGGAGAUCUGGACUCAGCAGAACCAGAUCAGCACCGACGGAGCGGCUGGAGAAGUCCUGAAUCGCUUCACCCAGUGGAGGGAGAAGGAGCUGGUUCCUCGCUGCCGCCAUGACUCAGCACAGCUCAUCCUGAGGAAGAAUUUUGGACAGACAGCCGGGAUGGCGUUCGUCUCCACUGUCUGCUCCAGGAGUCACGGAGGCGGGAUCAACGCGUUCAACAACAACCUCGUGGUCUCGUUCGCCUCCAUCGUGGCUCACGAGCUCGGCCACAACCUCGGCAUGAACCACGACGACGGCCGACAGUGCACGUGUCCCACCGGCGCCUGCAUCAUGAACUCUGGAGCCACAGGGUCAAAGAACUUCAGCAGCUGUAGCGCCGAUGACUUUGAGAAGAUGAUCCUGCUGACGGGGGGGGCGUGCCUGCUGAACGUCCCGCGGCCCGACGAGGCCUACAGCGCCCCCUACUGUGGAAACAGGCUGGUGGACUUCGGGGAGGAGUGCGACUGUGGCUCAGAGAAGGAGUGUGAGGAGGACCCCUGCUGUGAGUAUCGGACCUGUAAGCUGAAGUCUGGAGCUCAGUGUGCGUACGGCGAGUGCUGCUCCAACUGUCAGUUCCUGCCGGGGGGAACCGUGUGUCGCGCCAGCACAGAUGAGUGUGACCUGCCUGAGUUCUGUAACGGCUCCUCGUCCUUGUGUCAGAGCGACGUCUUCAUCCAGAACGGGCAGUCCUGCAGGAACCAGGAGGCCUACUGUUACAACGGGAAGUGUCAGCACUACGACAGCCAGUGUCAGGCCAUCUUUGGAGACAAGGCGAAGGCGGCUCCUGAGCUCUGCUUCAAAGAAGUCAACAGCAAAGGAGAUCGCUUCGGCAACUGUGGCUACCUCAACAACGGCUUCAAGAAGUGCGAGAGCAGAAACGCCAUGUGUGGGAAACUGCAGUGCUCCAACGUUCAGGCGAAGACGGUGUUUGGCAUCGAGCCGUCGAUCAUCAGCACGCCAAUCGCCGGAGGGAAAUGCUACGGUGUGGACUUCAUGCUGGGGUCGGACGUCCCCGACCCCGGGAUGGUGAACGAAGGGACCAAGUGUGGAGAGAACAAGGUGUGUGUGAACUUUGAGUGCCGCGGCGCCGACGUCCUGAGCUACGAUUGCGACGUGCACACCAAAUGUCACGGACACGGGGUGUGCAACAGCAACAGGAACUGCCACUGCGACUAUGGCUGGGCUCCGCCUUCCUGCGAGUUAUCGGGUUACGGUGGAAGCGUUGACAGCGGACCCACGUGGAACGAUAGGGACACGUCUCUCAGGGACGGCCUGCUUGUCCUCUUCUUCUUCAUCCUCCCGCUGCUCGCUCUCGGCGUCUUCGUUUUCCUGCGCAGGAACGAGCUGCUGCGGCGACUCGGGCUGAGCCGCAGGAAGAGGUCUCAGGGAUAUGAGGCUGACGGCAUGGCUUCAGCCAAUCACAGCAGGAGACCGCCUCCCAGAACGCAACCUCCAUCUGUUGCCCGGGGUAACGCCAAUAACAUCGUCAGAGACGGGCACCACGCUCAGCUGCUGCCACCACAAGAGGUGGUGGAAACCAGCCGGACGGCUCCUUCCCAUGCUCUGAAGCCGCCACCGCCUCCUCUAAAACCGAAACCUCCUGCUGCGUCUCAACCUCUGGUGCCUCAAAGACCUGCACCCGCGCCUCCUGUUUAACCAAUCAGGGGUCUUCUAACGACACCUGGAUGACCCCCCCCCCCUUCUACUUAUCUUCAAACCCUUCCCAGCGAACUCAGAGCUAGUUCCUUAGCAACAGCCAGGAACAAUUCUGUAGCCACGAUAACCAGCUGGCCAGACUGCACAGCCAUCGCAGUGAAAUGGAUCCAGGUGGACCGGACGAGAAACUUUGCAGAACCUCCAGGAACCCAGCAGGUCCAAGCUGGAGCCGCUGCUGUUCUCUGACUUAACCAGGCAAUCGGAUUGUCCUGAAAGCAUGAGUUCUUCUGAUUGGUUGGUUUUACGAAGCCUGCUUAAGUAUUUUUAAACUUUCUGAUUUAGUCAUGUGACCUUUCAAACAAAGUAUAGCAAGUAUAGCAGGCCAUGUGGGCCUCUCACUGAUUGGCUGGUUUGUAGUUGUGGGUGGAGCAUGUAUCUGAGCACUGGUUUGUUUCUUUUCUGUCUCUGAAUGAAAGCACUGAUAGCGCCGCCCAUCUGCUCAGCACUGUUUUAGGAAUGUAACGCGCCCUCCUGCGGUUGUGUGCCGGUGUGUUUGUUUCUAUCGUCUGGCUCGCCCUGCGUUCGCUCCCUCGCUCUUCACAGAACUGUAAAUCUACGAUAUGCAAACAGCGUCUGAGCGCGUAGCUCCUCUGGUCUCAGUUCGUCAUGCAGCAUGGCGCCGUCUCUGCAGGGAACGAACGCUCACUAGGCGAGGCUGCUCUGUAUGCCUCUACUGUCCAGGUAUUUCCACCAGUUAAAAUAUGAGUCUGAGCUUGCAAAGCAUUCUGGGAACCGUAGGCAGUCACAUUUGGUACAAGCAAAGUGGAUUAAUCUGUCAGAAUUGAAACUAAAUGAGAUGAGUUCAGACCUGCACUGAGAACAUGUUCACUACAAGUCUGGGAUCAAACUGAACAGCAGUACCUACCAGCUCCUCCCAACAUCGUUCAUUUCUUUCUUUCAAAGACUUUAGAAAACACACUCAUUCCUGAUUAUUGUUACCAGUGUGACUGACUCAGUGGAGCUUUUUUUAAAUCUGUCGCUCUUCUGUUAAGGUUGAAGCUUUUUGUAGAUCCACAUGUUUCUUCUGGGGGGACAUAGACCCCGUUUCACCAGUGUUUUAAAAAUGAAUUAUGUCCAGUGGAAGCAGAACUUUAGCAGAAACAUGAACUUGGGUGUAGCCUGCUGAGCAUUCACAGAAUGUGUGACGGCGUCUGAAGGUGGAACAAAGUCCUUGAAAUUCUUGGCAAUAAUGUCCCGAGAGCGUCCACGCUUCCUGUCCCGGGCGAGCAGCGAUCACGCUGAACUCUUCCCGCAUUCAGGGCGUCUGAUUCAAACCAGGGAUUUUUACACCACCGGUGAACCAAAUGCUUGCGUUCUGCAGCUGACGAGCCUGGAUGCACUGUGCUGUGUAGCCACGUUGGUAUUUUUAAAUGCCUUUUUUCACUUACUUUGCUCUUUUGAGGGUUUUUGCACAGAAACUGAGGACUCCACUGAGGAUGUUGAUGUGUUGCUCACAGGGCUAUCUUAGUGCCAUUUGACUGUUCAUGCCAAAAAAAUAAACCGUAGUCUGUGCUGAGCUCCUGAGUGAAGACAGUCGGACACAGUUAUUUAAGGAGCUGAGAGCAGCUGAAGCUUCAGGUUACAGGCAGCUGCUGACUGCAGCGUUUAAAGGGGAUCUGUUCUUAUCGUUUCCACCUCUGCACUUUGUCAGAGUAGCUUUUCAUGAUUCACAACUUAAAUUAAUCCAAAUUUCUGUAAUGCAAUCAAAGCUUCACCUCACAAAGCUUAAAGUUAGCUUAGAGGCAUCUCCACGGUGCAGUUAGCUUCGGGUGCAGAGUCAGUUUGGAGUUUGUGGGAUGACUUCGCUCAUAAUUUAGCAAAGUCUCUGCUCCUGUUAGCUAGCUGCCUUAAAGUUAGCUGAUGUGAAAGGUUUGUGGUGUAUAUGCGUUUGGAAGUUUGGCCAUGUUAAAUAUGAAUAUUACAAAAUUGUAAAAUCAAAACUCUUGGUGCUCAGCAGCCAUCUUGGUAAUUUAAAGUGUUUAUUUCUCCAGGUUAAGCUGACUUUAAGACCCUAAUUUCAUGAAAUUGGGUGAAUACAUGUACUUUUACCAAAAACCCCAAACAGGUAAAAGGUCUCAGCACAGCUGGUGGUCCAGGUGGAAAAAGCUUUAAGUGUUAUUUUGGGUCAGCACAGGCCAACGUGAAGCGGUCCCCUUUAAAGCCAAUCAGACAUCCUCAGUGGGGUUACAUUCAUACUGAACCUGUGUAAAAGAUUUCAUUUUCUCUUAUUAUGAAUGAUUUAAUCAUUUCUUUUUGCUUUUCACCUGUAAUCUGUGGUCAUUUGAACAUUUAAUUAUUAACGUUGCUGCGUGGCGUGGAAGCCUCCGCGCUGACUGAUGAUUUUUAUGAUUCGAUGGAUGAUCUCUCACCUGUUGGACAGGUUCAGGUUGUUACAGCCAGUGGAGCUCAAACUUGUGCUGCUUGCUGUGAAAACCAAACCUGGAAGAAUAAAGGUCCUUCAGCUGAACAUGAUAAUUUAAUAAACUCUGUUCAUACAGACUGUGAUUUGUUUGCUUUCAGACUUAAUAAAGGUGCACAGAAAAUAGUU